AUGAGCGGAAGGAAUUACUGUAAAAAAGAUAUGGCAGCGUCACAUAUCCUUAGUGCGGUGGAACCAACAGUUGGUGGUGGCAGUUCUCGUGGUGGCCGCGAACGGGAAGUUAACGUCGCGCUUGAUGACCGCGAAUUGUGGGUUCGAUUUCAAACUCUAACCAAUGAAAUGAUCGUGACGAAAAAUGGCAGACGAAUGUUUCCCGUAGUAAAGGUAACAGCCAGUGGGCUGGACCCGACGGCCAUGUAUACCGUUCUACUCGAGUUUGUGCAAGUCGAUAGCCAUCGUUGGAAAUACGUAAACGGUGAAUGGGUGCCAGGUGGAAAAGCCGAAGUACCACCAUCUAAUGCAAUAUACAUCCACCCGGAAAGUCCCAAUUUUGGCGCACACUGGAUGAAAGAACCGAUAUCCUUCGCGAAAGUCAAACUUACAAAUAAAACAAAUGGAAAUGGGCAGAUAAUGUUAAAUUCGCUUCAUAAAUAUGAACCACGGGUACAUCUAGUCAAAGUGGGUACAGACCUUCGACGGAUUAUGACCUACCCGUUCCCGGAGACGCAGUUUAUAGCUGUGACUGCUUAUCAAAAUGAAGAGGUGACCUCACUUAAGAUCAAGUACAACCCGUUUGCAAAAGCAUUCCUGGAUGCCAAGGAAAGGCCGGAGGGUUAUUAUCAAAGGGACUUCGUUGGAACCCAUUAUCCUCAACAGAGUUCUUCCCCACACCAGUAUCCACAGUUCGGAGGUUGGUUUGUCACGUCACAACCUCUCUAUGGAAGCGGAAAUUCAGCAUCUAGAAGACCCGCACCUUAUCCACCACGACCGCCGUCAAGACCUAGAACACUGUCGCCACCUGCUACAUACAGUAACGCUGAAAGGUCACCAGUAGCCACGGCAAACAGCAGUGGUAGUUAUACAUGGGCUGGUAGUAGCAGUUAUUGGAGUUCACAGGGGAAUAGUUCUCCUCAACCGAAUACGUCACCAGUUCCGUACAGAACACCUCCACACGCUUACCCAGCGCCAAUAGAAUACUCUGCCCCUCCUACCAGCACAUCGGCUCCUGCCGCAGCGCCCGCGCCGCUUUAUCCCCUUCAAUAUGACGCCACGAGCCAACAUCACUCUCCAUAUUACCAACAUGCGUAUGCUCCUUACGCACACCAUGCUAUUGAAGAUAUAUCUUACUGGCCCAAUAGUUUAAACAGCUACGGUUACCAGCCAUCUGAGUACGUCGGAACAGGGGACGUACCUUACCCCACAGAGGGCAUGCCCUUCGGAAGUUCUGGGGCGCCGCUUGAAGCCAACACCGCUAGCCAAGACGAACGAGCUACGCCUCAGGGCUCAGAUCAUCAAAACGCAGAACGAGAGUAUAAAUACAAUACAGAAGAGGAAAGACAUUCACCUUGUGACGAGGCUACAUUACCUUCGCGUUCACCAGCACAAUGA